UCAAACGUGGUUACAUUCCUGACCAACCCGACGCGGGAAAAGCUUCCCCCACUCCCAAAGAUAUCCCCCAAAAAAUAGGCGACCUAUUUUCUCUCUCUAGCUCAAGCGGCUUCACCUUCUCUCUCUACUCCACCACCUUCCCUCUCUGCCGCACUCUACUCGCCUCGCUUUCUUUCCACUCUGAAUCCCUUGCUUAUUCUCUCUCUACAGCUCACUAUCGCCUCUCUCUCUCUCGAACAGCUCUCGCCAUCAAGCUCUGCAUCAAAUUAAAGAGAGAUGGGUGCCGUAGUUGUGAACACAGAAGGCCCUUCCAUUGGUUCUACAGACCAGCCCCUCUCAGAGUGGCCAUUCUCCUGUGACUUGGAAGUGGAUUGCGGCUCAGUGGAAAAUGCCUCUAUGAUCUUUAGAGCUUUAGAUGUUGAUAAGGAGUUGCAGCCUGGUAAAGUGAAGAGGCAGAUGUUGUUGUCUGAUGGAAGGCUUUCAGUCCAUUUUGAGGCAGUGGAAGCCAGAUUUCUCCGUGCAUCAUUCAGUGCAUUUGUUGAUAUCCUGACACUUGCCGCAAAGCUUAUUGAAGAAUUUGGUCCAAAGGAGGGAUCAAGAUCAUGACUUAAAUAUGAUCAGCCAUUUACAGAAGCGGGCAAUCAUUGCUCUUGCUUCCAGUUCCUUGCAUGCACAAAGCUCUCAAGUAUAAACAAAGAAAUCACUUCUCAAGACUGUUGGCAUUAUUUGCAUGGUCAAGUCAACAUUAAUUGUUUGUUCAUCUUGGAAUCUAAUUUAAGAGUAUGUUGUUACUGUGAAUGAUUUUUAUCACAUUAUUCCCAAGAAUCGCCCCUUGGGUUGCCUUUCACUA